AUGAUUGUGAUUGGCCGGAAUAUGAAGAAUGUUCUGGUGGUGUCGUUCGGGUUCCUUUGUCUCUUUACUGCAUACGGAGGACUACAGAACCUGCAGAGUAGUCUGAAUGCUGAGCAGGGUCUGGGCGUGGCGUCCCUGAGUGUGAUCUACGCGGCGCUCAUCCUGUCGGCCAUUUUGUUUCCGCCGCUGCUGAUCAAGACUCUGGGCUGCAAGUGGACCAUCGUGGCCUCCAUGGCCUGCUACGUCACAUACUCCUGUGGAAACCUCUACUCAGGAUGGGAGACUCUGAUUCCCACCUCUGCAGUGCUGGGGCUCGGUGGCGGCCCCUUGUGGUCAGCCAAGUGUACAUACCUGGCCCUGACCGCCCAGCGGCAGGGCAACAGCAGCAGUGUGAGUGGUCGAGCGGAGGACCUGCUGACUCAGUAUUUUGGCAUCUUCUUUGCCAUGUUCCAGUCCGCCGCCAUCUGCGGAAACCUGCUCUCCUCAGCCAUCUUCAGCCAGGACACACACAUAGCUGAUAUCCCAGAGGAGGCGUUGCAGUACUGUGGGAUUGGUCAGUGUGCCGACGAGUUCAUCCAAUCAGGCAACGUCACUCAACCCGACCAGAAACUGGUCUACACGCUCAUGGGCUGCUACAUCGGUAUGGGUCUGGUUGCAAUAGCAAUAGUGGCUUUCUUCCUGGAUGACCUAGAUGGGGGCGUGGCCAAGGAGUUCCGUGGGAGUGGUGAAUCGUUACGCAGCAUUGUCAUGGCAACCAUGCGACUGCUCAGCGAUCGCAAGCUGCAGCUGCUCAUCCCCAUGACGAUCUACAGCGGCCUGGAGCAGUGCUAUCUCUUUGCAGAGUUCACCAAGAACUAUGUCACCUGUGCUCUGGGCAUCCACUUCAUCGGCUACAGCAUGAUCUGCUUCGGAGCGUGUGACUCCGUCUGCUCAUUUGUCUUCGGGAAGAUAGCGCCAUUCACCGGCAGAAUGGCCCUCUUUGGCCUGGCCGCUUUGACCAACUUCUGUUGCAUCAUGGGACUGCUGUUCUGGCGUCCGCACCCCGACCACUUCGCCAUCUUCUUCCUGGUGCCAGGACUCUGGGGGAUGGCGGACGGCGUGUGGCAGACACAGAUCAACGCUAUGUAUGGAGUUCUCUUCCCCGACCACAAGGAGGCCGCGUUUGCUAACUACCGGCUUUGGGAGUCGGUGGGCGCCUUGCUUGCCUUUAGUUACAGUUCCCACCUGUGCCUGUCCACCAAGACCUACCUGCUGCUCUCCUCGUUGGUCCUCUCCAUGCUCACCUACCCCCUGGUGGAGCUACUGGCCCGGAGGGAGGCGCGGUACCGCUUAGUUAGCCAGCCUGUGCCCUCCUAG